UUCAAGGACCACCCACCAGCCACUGGGCCUUUUAUGACAGGAACAGGAACCACAGAGCGUCAGCCGCACACAUCGAAGCUGCACAGGGCACACGCGGCACCACGCAGAAUAAAUGACGUUCCUGGGCCAAGGCCGAAGCCCAGCCACCCGCUGCCUCCUCGCCGCCUCCUCCUGGGACCUUCAAGGACCACCCACCAGCCACUGCUACAGGAGGACAAUAAACAGAAGAAGGAGAGCGGCACCAAAGAGGCGAAAAAACGAAAGAGCGCACCACCUCCUGACACCACAUCCACAAAGAAGUCCAAAUGUACCUCCAGUGCUGAGGGGGACGACAAGGAGGUUUUUCUCCUCCCUGUUCGUGGGCGUGAGCGUUACGAGAUGUUGAAGAAGAUCAAUGACUGUUUGGAGCUGCUUGACAAGGACAGCAAAAGCAAGUCAAAGGUCUCAGUGAAGCAUGAGGUUCCCGUGCCCUCCAGUGGAAAGAGGCUGCUCCAGAGAGGAGAGAGGAGUGACAGCGACUAA